AUGGCCGUCACCCUGGGGCCUUCCAGCCCGGACGCAGACAUCCAUCCCAUCGCAACGGGUCCUGCAAAGGAGAUUGUAGAAAAGCACUCCAUCCAGAAAACCUGGAUCGUUCUCGAGGAGAAACAGAUUCCUUACCAAUACAUCGAAGUCAAUGCGCCCCUCGAUCCGAGUUCUCUCCUGUCACCAAAUCCGCGUGGGGCGAUCCCCACGCUUUACUGUCCCCAGCCAGACGGCUCCAAACCGCUCUAUGAAUCGAACAUCAUCAACGAAUACCUCGAAGAUGUCUUCUCGUCUCAUCAGCCACACCUCUUCCCGCUUGAUCCGUACAAGAAGGCCAGGGCCAAGAUCUGGGUGGACUUUGUGACGUCGCGGAUCAUACCCUCUUUCAAUCGCUUCUUGCAGGCCCAGGGCGAAGGAGAGAUCGCCAAGGCCCACAACGAGUUUCUAGGCCACCUGAAAGAGUUCAUAGACGCGAUGGACAGUAGCGGGCCGUACUUCUUCGGUGAAGAUUUCACCAUGCCCGAUGUUGCACUUGCUCCGUGGGCGAUGAGACUCUGGCUACUCGACCAUCUCAAGGGUGGCCUGAGGAUUCCAGAACCAGGUGAAGGCGGCGAAGACGAGCAGAUUUGGGAGAGGUGGAGGGAGUGGGUGGAUGCAGUUGGCAGCAGAAACUCUGUAGCCAAUACACUCAGCGAGAAAGAGUAUUAUUUGCCGAUAUACAAAAAGGUAUGCCGAUAA